UUACUGACUACUGGACCUACUGGUAGAUCUCAUUGCAUGGUACAGUCGCCAUCAGAUAUAUCGGAGCGGCCAAGGUGUUCACAAAUAUCUGAACACGCACUUUAACGCCUUAACAAUAGAGGCGUGUUCAGAUAUUUGUGAGCACCCCGGGCGCUCCGAUAUAUCUGAUGGCGGCUGUACAUAACUACUCGUAUUGAUUCAUUUAAUACGUACUAAACUUUCUAGGAACACUCGGCAAAUAAUGUGACACAUUUUAAUCGCACAAAUGUACAUAGAGGAAUUUGUUUAAAAGCGUCAUGUCAGAAUUAUUCGAGCUCAAAUAAGAUGGAAGCAGUUGAAACAUGUGUGAACGCUAGUGUCAGCAGAGACUACGGACUCACGGCUAAAGUGUUCAGAGCAUCGUGCACCGAGUACGGGGAAGGCGCGCAGUUUGAUACGAGCGAUUAUGCGUUCGGAGCGGUUGUACUUGUCCUGUUGGCGCUCAAUAUAGUCGGCAGCCUGUACGAGUUCUACGGUGGCAUCGGACAAGACACUCUUGUUGGGAAAGGGUUGUUGUGCUUCGCAAUAAGACGCAAUUGGAGGCGGCUCGUGGCGCCCGCCAGCCGCGACCCCGACCAGCAGCUGCUGCAGUGCCUGUCUGCCUACAGGAUGUUUUUCAAGUUUUGGGUCGUAUUCGUACACAUAGCAAUACCCUUCGUGCUCCUAGUCAGAAACAUAGAAUAUAUAGAGCAGUUAUACAGUUAUGCAGCAGCUCAUCUCGUGUACAACGCAGGUCUAAUAGUACAAGGGUUUUUAGUAAUUUCCGCUUUCCUGCUAGCGUAUAAUGUUCUCGUAGCGGAGCGGAAGCAGCCUAUAUCUGGUUGGCGAAAUCUGCUUUUUGCGAUAUUUGCAAGAUGGUUAAGGUUUACACCGCUUUACGCUCUCGUGGUAUUCUUCACAGCUACUUGGAUGCGGCAUAUGGGUGAAGGGCCGUUUUGGAAGGUGGUUGUGGGGGAAGAGACGUCUGAUUGCCGAAGGGACUGGAUGCUCCAUCUGUUGUACAUACAGAACUAUUUUGACAUCGACUCGCUAUGCAUGCUUCAUUCCUGGUUCUUGGCAGUAGAACUGCAAGUCACGAUUGUGGGUGCAGCAAUUUUCUUUCUUCUGAAGAGCACAAAGGCGCGACAAGCAGCUAUCGCGUUUGUGGUGACGGUGGGCCUGGUCGCCCCCGGAGUCACCGCAUUCAUCCACGACCUCGAUGCAGGGACCCUCGUGACGCCCGAGGUGGCUCUAAGGAGGUACGUGGACGCCCCGUGGUUUAACAAGCUGUACAAGCGCGGACACACUAACCUUCUGUGCUACGGUCUCGGCCUGGCGCUGGCCUACCUCAUCAUCAACCUCGACAAGAGCGACUUGGGAGCGGAAAAAUACAAGAAGUACCGCGUGGUGUUCUGGCUGCUGACGCCGGUGACACUGGCGCUGGUGGCGUCGGGCGGCUUGUUCUAUGGGGACGGCGCACGCGCACCGCUGCUCGUGCGGGCCCUCUACGCUAGCGGCGUCAAGCUGCUUUUUGGGUUAAUCAUGUGCUUCAACAUAUUUGUCUCAAUUGUAAAGGUCGAUGCAACGCUCACGCGAGUAUUCGAGUGGAACGGCUGGACCGUGCUGCGCCGGCUCACCUACUGCGUGUACUUGGUGCAUAUGAGCGUGAUCAGCCUGCUGGCGGGGAACAGCGCGACGACGGUGCACGCCUCACAGGGCGAGAUGUGGAAAACGUUCGCGCUAGUUGGGAGCGCGUCGUUUGUGAUCGCCGUGGCGCUGUUCGUGGCAGUGGAGGCUCCGUGCGCUCAACUUGCCGGUAUACUACUCCAACGGCUAGAGAAAAAACACGCCGACUAAUCUGUUCGAUAAAUAACGACCAAGAUAGUGUCAUUUAUGAAUCAUACUGGAUCAUACAUACAUACCUUCUUAGGGCCCAUUAUAUUUACAAGAAAACUUGGCAGUCAAAAUAAAAAUCUGUGGUGAAGAAAA